AGCAGAGACUGUAAAAAAUAGCAAUCAUGGGUAACGAAGAGUUGGUGCGAAACGUAAAAACAACAUUUUCAAUGUAUGGUAUGAUUUUAUCGAAGGAACUUUGUGGAAUAUUAGCUAAACAUUUAAAAACCAUAGAAGAGUCAAAACGAGAUUCUUAUCUUAACGAAAUUACUGAACAAGUGUUAUCGCACCAAGUGGAAAACUCCCACAUUACGAUCGAACAUAUAAAACAUGCCAUAACAGAAUGCCUCAAACCCGAAUCGAGUUUACAAGACACGGAGACUGUGAUAAAUGUUAUAAAUGCUUUUGAUAUUCCCAAAUUGAAAUAUAAUACUGACAGGAAACAGUAUGAACUAAAGAAAGUUGAGAAGGACUUAUACGCCGACGCUAUUUACAAGCCUUUGUUAUUCAAAGACAGGUUUUCUAUAUUAUGGUACAGAACUUUGCGUCAUGAGAUGUUUACUCCUAUUCAGUUCGGCCAAAAGGAUGCAAGUAAAUGUGAAUUAACUGCAAUAGAGUAUUUGUUCAGCGAGUCAAAGUCUGAUAAUGUUUUUGUAAUGGGUAUGUUGUGUCAGCUUACCGAGGGUGACUAUUACUUGGAAGACAGCAACAGGGUUGUUAAAGUUAAUCUGCAUAAUACAAAAUUCCAGGCAGAGCUUCUCACCGAAGGCUGUAUAGUUAUUGCUAACGGAGAUUACAUAAAUGAUGUUUUACACGUUAAAAAUAUGGCAUUUCCGCCUGCAGAAUUGUCAAGCAACAGUCGUGCACAUUUAGGAAAUAUGAAUACAUUUGGAGGUCCACAUCCAAUAUCUUUAAAAACUUCUGAGAAAUUGAAGACUCACGAAUUGACCGUUGGUAGCGAAGCAAUGAUAAUAUUCGUCUCGGAUCUCUGGGUCGAUGAUGCACUUGUCCUUAUUAAGUUUAAAACAAUGAUUGAAGGGUAUUCGGACGAUCCACCUGUAGCCUUUGUAUUUUGUGGCCAAUUUACGAGCACUCCUUUAAACGCAGGAAGCAUCGAAACCGUAAAAGAUGGUUUCAAACAACUGGCCAACAUUGUGGAGCAACACUCAGAUAUAAAACAAUUCAGUAAAUUCAUUUUUGUCCCCAGCUUGCAAGACAUAGGUACACCAAAAAUAUUGCCAAAAGGAUCGUUGCCCGAGUACAUUGUGGAAGACUUUUCAAAAAGAGUGCCCGGUACCAUACUGGCCACAAAUCCUUGCAGGAUACAGUACUGUACGAAAGAAAUUAUUGUCUUCAGGGAAAACAUGAUAAGUAAAAUGCGUCGUAACACAAUUAUAUUCAAUGACGCGGAAGAAAUCGAAAAACAUUUUGCCAAAAUGAUAAUAUGUCAAGCACAUUUAGCUCCCUUGACUUUGUCCGUUAGUGCGGUAUACUGGAAACACGAUUACGCCUUGCAAAUCUAUCCAACCCCUGACCUCAUCGUUGUUGCUGAUCAGUACGAGCCCUAUGAGACCGAAUACAACGGCUGCUUAGUCAUUAAUCCAGGAUCAUUUCCAAAGAACAAUUUCUCAUUUAAAACUUACAUCCCCUCGAGGAAUCUAAUAGAACACUGUGAAAUCCCCAGCGAGUCUGACAGUUAAGUCCGUACCAUAAGUGCUGUACAUAAUAAUUAAC